GAAAUGGAGGGAGAGAGAGAGAAGUUACACAUUUCGCAUCGUAUCUCACCAUAUCAUGCCCGUUUACAGAGACCGCACCAUCGCCACCAUUGCAGAGAAUGAAAAGGAAAACGACACCAUAAGCUGCCAAAUUCCUCAUCAGGCUCAGACUCAGAACCCCUCUCUCUCAAUCUCUCUCCCCUCCAUUGUUGAUCCCCCCCUGCUCGACAAUGCCACCAGGCCAAACGAGUCUCCGACGAACAAAGAAAUCAAAGCUCCGAUAAUUGCUUUGAUGAGUUUCUUUCCUGAAACCCACAACCCCGAAAUUUCUUGCUUUUCCCUUCUUUCUUUCUAGAGAGAGAGGGAGAGAGCGCAGUGACUGAACUGACUGAACAGUGAACGUUACGAGGAGGUUGAUGAAAGGAGGAGGAAGAAAGGAGACAUUUUUACUGAAUAUCUCCUGAAUCUUCCUCUCCCCCUCCCCCCUCCUUUUCUUCUUGAUCUGCUUUAAGCUCUCCCUUUUGCCUUUUGGAACCCAACAUCAAACCCCACAAACCCAAAAAGCUUACCUUCCGGAAAGCAUUGCCCAAUUUCCAAGUCCACUUUCUCCUCUCACUUCGCCGCAGGUUUAAGGAAACUGUGACCCAAACGUCCUCUUCAGAACCAAUCCCAGCGAGCUACGUACAUCCCUGAAGAUGCCGCCAUUGAGGAAGCAAUACCAGCUCAUUCUACUGAUGACGACGACGCUGCUACUGGUGGUUUCGUUGCUGCCGUGCGGGUCGGAGGGUGGCAUUCUGGCUGAGCCGGUUCAGGGUCACGACCAGCCGCCCAACACCGUCCCGGCAUUCCCCGUCCAGAACGCCCCCCAGGUUUGCAAGCUCGACCUCUCCGCCGAGCUCUUCGGCGGCGUCAGAGAGGCCUGCGGCCGCGACCUCGACCGCAGCCGCUGCUGCCCCGUUCUCGCUGCAUGGCUCUUCGCCGCCCACGCUAGGUACGCCCUACAGGUUGUCCCUGCGGUGGCGGCGGCCCCCUCGUCGGCGCCGGAUGAGCUGCCGAUGGUGCCGGACGAUUCCCAGAAGUGCGUGAACUCGCUGCAGUCGGCCCUCCUCAGCAAAAACAUCCACCUCCCUCAGCCGAACGCGACCUGCGAUGCUGUCCUCUGCUUCUGUGGGAUAAGGCUGCACCAGAUAAGCUCUCUGAGCUGCCCGGCGGCGUUCAACGUCUCGUCGGGGUUCCACAACGCCACCCCCACCGCGGCGGUGAAGAACCUCGAGAAGAACUGCCUCAACUCUUCCUACGCCGGCUGCACCCGCUGCCUCGGCGCCCUCGAAAAGCUAAAGGGAGGGUACAAGAACGGGACACGAUCGGCGCCAAUGAGCGGGAGGACCAGCAAGAUGCUGGACAGGGACUGCCAGCUGAUGGGGCUGACAUGGCUCCUUGCCCACAACAAAACAGCCUACAUCCCCACCGUCUCAGCCACCCUACGGGCCAUCCUGUACAGCGCCCACCUGCCCCGGGAUUCCAUAAGGUGCAGCCCCGACCAGGAGAACAUGCCGCUGGCCGUCGACUCCCUCCAGUUCGAGAAGACCCAGGCCUCUUCAUCCUCGCCGUCCAUUCCUCUGAUCCCGGUUUUGCCCUUGAUCGCCAUACUGAUGAUAUCUUCAGCUUCGGCUUCCUUGUUUGUGUAGGCCCCGGUCAGGUCAACUCUUGUCUGUCGGGUCACGUGAAGUCAGGAGGCACGGAUUUUGUCCCUUCCCCGCUUUUUUGGUUUUUUAAAAAUUGGGCCCCACUGUAAAGUUUCAGUUUAGCCCCUUUGCUAUGUCUGCUACAAAAUUAAGGACUGCAGAGACUCUGGUAAUUAGCUCACCAUAGGGUGCUUCCCUCAGUUCGAUACCGGUUUUCUGUGAUUGUCAGAUCAAUUUUUUUAGCAGAACUUUCGAGUUGAUCCAACCACCGGGGGCCGGGACCUGAAUUUCUCUUAUGAAAAUUUAUUCGUCCUUUCAGAAUUUCCACCCUAA